AUGCAUAAACUUCCUGUCCUUAACAAUGACGCUCCUAUUCACUUUGCUACCGAAGGCACACACGUGGCCACAUUGGAAGUUUUGCUAGCGGAACCAACGAUAAAUCCAAAUCUCGAAGCGGGACGGCAAACUGCCUUGCACAUCGCGGUGAAAAAGAAUGACCUGACCUGCGUCGAUCGGCUGCUGAAUGCAGGUGCCAGCGCAAGUAUUCCGAAUAACGAGGGCCUGACGGCCCUCCACUUGGCGGCGAUGAGGGGCCAGUGCGACAUGGUGAAACUGAUACUAGGAAACAGCCAACAGUGUCCAGACAUCGACACCUACAAAGAUUACAACGACCAGACGACGCGAGAGGUGAUUCAGCAGUUGCUGCCGGAUGUGUCGUUGCCACCCAAAUGUGGAAAUCGCGAGGUAAACGUGUACGAUCUUAAGUACUAUUUGAUCGCCAACGACGAGAAGAACUUCCUGAAUAGUAUGGAACUUGGCGAGACAAAGGUGCUUCACAACGAAGCCAAACAACUCCUGGAGAUCGCCGUGGAGCGCAAUUUGUACAAAAGUGUGCUUGAACUCUUAGAAAGACUCAAGGGAGAAUCGUUCAGUGUAAAGGAAGCUGCAGAAAUAGCAGUUUGGUACGGUCACGUCCAUAUCCUUCAAAUAUUGCUGCGUGUGCAGCCGGAAGUGGCCAACGACUUGAUACUGAGUGCCUGUCAGCAGCUGGGAAUGCCGAAAAGAAAAGGCAAUGAUACCGAUCGGCUGAUGUGUCUAAAAUUAAUUUUGGACCAGGAAAACGUGGACGUCCGUUGCACAGAGAGCAAUGGCAACACGCCGUUGCAUCACGCAGCCAGAGCGGAUAAUUGCGAAGCGAUGAGUCUGCUUCUCAAACGAGGCAGUUACAUUGGUCACAUGAACGAUUUUAACGUUCCGCCCAUCGCAAACAUUCCGGCCUGCACGCUGUCGCGCCACUUCGACGACUGUUUACGGAUGGGGAAUGGACGAACAAAUACGUGA